CAGCAGCCCGGGGGAAUGGGGGGCAGGUGGGGGGAGCCAUCUAGACGCACGUCAUCCACGGUCCUUCGGGACUGGAGGGACUCGUGAGCCGGAGCCCAGGAAUCCGGGGGUGGAUAAAACACCGCGCCCCCCCCAUUCCGUAAGCACCCCGAGCUCUACCCUGCACCCUAAUACCUUAGCUAGACCCCCCCUCCCCAAUCUUUACACUCAAACUCAGCCGGGACAGACCUCUGCCACCGCCGCCCCCACCCUUCAAGAGGAGAUCCUACUCCCUUCUCUAAGAGGGACUCUGAUCACUCAGGACAAAGCUGCUGGAGGUGCUCUGGACAACAGCUGGAGGCCAACAGAGUCCCUAGACGUGGUGCUCAGGGUGAUGUACUGACAAUGAGCGGGUGUUUUCCAGUUGCUGGCCUCCGAUGCCUGUCUAGGGACGGCGGGAUGGCGGCGCAGGGCGCGCCUCGCUUCCUCCUGACUUUCGACUUCGAUGAGACCAUAGUGGAUGAAAACAGCGACGACUCGAUCGUGCGCGCCGCUCCGGGCCAGAGGCUGCCCGAGAGCCUGCGCGCCACCUACCGCGAGGGCUUCUACAACGAGUACAUGCAGCGCGUGUUCAAGUACCUGGGUGAGCAGGGCGUGCGGCCCCGGGACCUGCGCGCCGUCUAUGAGGCCAUCCCCCUGUCGCCGGGCAUGGGCGACUUGCUGCAGUUUAUAGCCAAGCAGGGUUCCUGCUUCGAGGUGAUUCUCAUCUCCGACGCCAACACCUUCGGUGUCGAGAGUGCGCUGCGUGCCGCCGGCCACCACGGCCUCUUCCGCCGCAUCCUGAGCAACCCGUCGGGGCCCGACUCCCGGGGACAGCUGGUCCUGCGGCCCUUCCACACCCACAGCUGCACGCGCUGCCCGGCCAACAUGUGCAAGCACAAGGUGCUCAGCGACUACCUGCGCGAGCGGGCUCGCGACGGCGUGCACUUCGAGCGCCUCUUCUACGUGGGCGACGGCGCCAACGACUUCUGUCCCAUGGGGCUGCUGGCGGGCGGGGACGUGGCCUUCCCGCGCCGCGGCUACCCGAUGCACCGCCUCAUCCAGGAGGCGCAGAAAGCCGAGCCCAGCUCCUUCCGCGCAGGCGUGGUGCCCUGGGAAACCGCCGCCGACGUGCGCCUCCAUCUGCAACAGGUGCUGAAGACGUGCUAAGGACCGCCGCCGCCUGCAGGGGGCGCUCGAGGCGCCGGCGCGGAGAAGGGCCCGGGCCCAGCGGGAGGGGUGGGGGAGUGGGAAAGACAAACCUAGUUUUACCAUUCCCUCUUCCCUUUCGCUUUGCUACGUCCCUCCGGGAAUUUCUGGAGUUUUGUC